UCUUCCGAGCAUUUCAAAGUGAUUUGUGAGGAAGAAUACAAGAUUUCUAAAAUUUUGUUGAAAAUUUUUGCUGCAUUGUAAGCUACUUCUAAAGGAGAUAAUCAUGCAGAUCUUUGUCAAGACAUUGACUGGCAAAACAAUAACCCUCGAGGUUGAAGCAUCCGAUACAAUUGAAAAUGUGAAGGCAAAAAUUCAGGACAAGGAGGGAAUUCCCCCAGAUCAGCAAAGAUUGAUUUUUGCUGGCAAACAACUUGAAGAUGGAAGAACACUCUCUGAUUACAACAUUCAAAAAGAGUCAACACUUCACCUUGUACUUCGAUUGAGAGGUGGAAUGCAAAUUUUCGUCAAGACCCUUACGGGAAAGACGAUCACUUUAGAAGUUGAAGCUUCAGAUACCAUCGAAAAUGUUAAAGCAAAAAUUCAAGAUAAGGAGGGUAUUCCACCAGACCAACAGAGAUUGAUUUUCGCUGGUAAGCAACUUGAAGAUGGACGCACACUCUCUGAUUACAAUAUUCAAAAAGAAUCAACUCUCCAUCUUGUACUUCGACUCCGAGGUGGAAUGCAAAUUUUCGUUAAAACUCUCACGGGAAAGACGAUCACUUUAGAAGUUGAAGCUUCUGAUACAAUUGAGAAUGUUAAAGCAAAAAUCCAAGAUAAGGAGGGUAUUCCACCAGACCAACAGAGAUUGAUCUUCGCUGGUAAGCAACUUGAAGAUGGACGCACACUCUCUGACUAUAACAUUCAGAAAGAAUCAACCCUUCAUCUUGUACUUCGACUUCGAGGUGGAAUGCAAAUUUUCGUCAAAACCCUUACGGGAAAAACUAUUACUUUAGAAGUUGAAGCUUCUGAUACGAUUGAGAAUGUGAAGGCAAAAAUUCAGGACAAGGAAGGUAUUCCACCUGAUCAACAGAGAUUGAUUUUCGCUGGAAAGCAGCUUGAAGACGGACGCACACUUGCAGACUAUAAUAUUCAGAAGGAAUCAACUCUCCAUCUUGUACUUCGACUCCGAGGUGGAAUGCAAAUUUUCGUUAAAACUCUCACGGGAAAGACAAUCACUUUAGAAGUUGAAGCUUCUGAUACAAUUGAGAAUGUGAAGGCAAAAAUUCAGGACAAGGAAGGUAUUCCACCUGAUCAACAGAGAUUGAUUUUCGCUGGUAAGCAGCUUGAAGACGGACGCACACUUGCAGACUAUAAUAUUCAGAAGGAAUCAACUCUUCAUCUUGUUCUGCGACUUCGAGGUGGUAUGCAAAUUUUCGUCAAGACCCUUACCGGAAAAACUAUUACUUUAGAAGUUGAGGCUUCAGAUACCAUUGAAAAUGUAAAGGCAAAAAUCCAAGAUAAGGAGGGUAUUCCACCAGACCAACAAAGAUUGAUUUUCGCUGGUAAGCAACUUGAAGAUGGACGCACACUUUCUGACUAUAAUAUUCAAAAGGAGUCAACUCUCCAUCUUGUACUUCGACUCCGAGGAGGAAUGCAAAUUUUCGUCAAAACCCUUACUGGGAAAACUAUUACUUGAUCAGAUACCAUCGAAAAUGUUAAAGCAAAAAUUCAAGAUAAGGAGGGUAUUCCACCAGACCAACAAAGAUUGAUUUUCGCUGGUAAGCAACUUGAAGAUGGACGCACACUUUCUGACUAUAAUAUUCAAAAGGAGUCAACUCUUCAUCUCGUUCUGCGACUCCGAGGAGGAAUGCAAAUUUUCGUCAAAACCCUUACUGGAAAAACUAUUACUUUAGAAGUUGAAGCUUCUGAUACGAUUGAGAAUGUGAAGGCAAAAAUUCAGGACAAGGAGGGCAUUCCACCAGACCAACAAAGAUUGAUUUUCGCUGGUAAGCAACUUGAAGAUGGACGCACACUUUCGGACUAUAACAUUCAAAAGGAGUCAACUCUUCAUCUCGUUCUGCGACUCCGAGGAGGAAUGCAAAUUUUCGUCAAAACCCUUACUGGAAAAACUAUUACUUUAGAAGUUGAAGCUUCUGAUACGAUUGAGAAUGUGAAGGCAAAAAUUCAGGACAAGGAGGGCAUUCCCCCAGAUCAGCAAAGAUUGAUUUUCGCUGGUAAGCAACUUGAAGAUGGACGCACACUUUCUGACUAUAAUAUUCAAAAGGAGUCAACUCUCCAUCUUGUACUUCGACUCCGAGGAGGAAUGCAAAUUUUCGUCAAAACCCUUACUGGAAAGACGAUCACUUUAGAAGUUGAAGCUUCAGAUACCAUUGAAAAUGUUAAAGCAAAAAUCCAAGAUAAGGAGGGCAUUCCCCCAGAUCAGCAAAGAUUGAUUUUCGCUGGUAAGCAGCUUGAAGACGGACGCACACUUGCAGACUAUAAUAUUCAGAAGGAAUCAACUCUCCAUCUUGUACUUCGAUUGAGAGGUGGAAUGUAAAUUUUUGUAAAAAUU